AACAAAAUGUAAUGACAGGUAAAGCAAGACAAAUGGAAAUAAGAUCUUUAUAUGAAAUUCUUCCAGUAAAAGAAGGUAUGCCUUAUGAGUGGAUCAAUACAGAUUGGUUAGGAAAAUGGCUCACCAGUGACACAGGAAAUAUCUUGCCCAUUGACAAUUCUCAGUAUUUCUGUGUGCAUGGAAAGCUACAUCCAGACCAAGUUACAAAAAUGAAAUGUAUUAGUUUGGAGGCAGCUGAAAAAAUUUAUGAGAAAUAUGGAGGAGGCCCAAGAUUUAGUAACUUAUCUCUCUGUAGAAAUUGUGUUGAAAUGAGAUGUAAGUUACUUCGACUGAAAGCCAAGAUACAAGAAGAAAGCAAAAUACUUACAAAUCUCGUAAAGGCAAAAAUUUCUGAUGAAGAAAAUGCCUAUUGGAUAGGAAAAUGUUCUCUUCGAAGUUGGAGAAGAAUGGUUUUGGAUCAGUAUGAACAUGAUGAUUUGGAGAAAACUAAAACUGAAAAUACUUCUGAAAUUUUUGAUAAUAAUGAACAUUUACUAGAAUCUGGAAAUAAUGAUGACCCUUCCAUUACACUUCAGGAUGAAACUGAUGAUGAAGUUCCAUUAGGAUUUAAUGAAGAUCUCUUAUGUGAACACAAUAAUUUGUCAGUUGACGGAAACACUAGAAAAUUAAUUCCAGAGAAAGCUUGGAAAAUAUUUAAAUAUUAUUUUCCUUUUGCUCCUGAAUUUUCAAGGAAUAGAGAUCCUUGUUCUUUAUGCUUGAUUCAAGAAGCAGAAGACAAAGAAACUCGUGACCGGUAUCGUUCCCUUGCUGUUGAACAGAAAUCUCUUCUUCAGGAGCUAUACUUGGAUCGCAAUAGACCAAACUGGCAAAAGUCAAAUCUAGGACAAAAAUUUUUUAUAGUUUGUCAUAACUUUGUUGAACAGUGGAGGAAAUUUAUCAAAGAACCUGUUCGUAAAGAACCAGUAGUGAAUGUUUAUAAUUCUUUUUUGCUGUGUGAACAUGGAUAUUUAUUAUAUUCAUUUGAAGACAGUACAAAUCAAAG